GUAGACUCUCUCAACCUUCACUGCACCUGAACACAAUGAGUUCUCCACUCCGUCAAGGCAUGUCUUCAGGAAACCCGCGCCUCCCUGCGGGUGCUCAAAAUACUCGCAAGCGAGGACGAGACAACGAUGACCUUCCUUCAGAUAUUCCACCUUCUAGCCCGCCGCCAGCGUCAUCACCGCCAUUGCUACCUAUUGAUGACGAGGAAGAUGAGAUUAUGCGCGAUAUCGACGACCUGGACGAAGAUGCCGAGGAUGAAGCGGGAAUUGACUUGUUUGCUGAGAACUUCGAACGCGACUACCGCCGACCUGACGUUGACACUUAUGCGGGGGCCGACAUAGACGAUGAGAAUGACUACGAGGACCUUGACAUUGCUGAGAGAAGACGCCUAGAGGCGCGUCUCAAUGCUCGCGACCGCGAACUAGCCCGUCAAUGCCGCAUGCCCACUGCGUUCUUGCCAGAUGAAGAAGAUGACCUCCUGGAUCUGACGCGCCAGCCUCGAAGGCGGAGGCAUCGAUAUGAUGAAGAGCAAGAUGACUUGGAUAUGGAAGGUAUCAUGGACGAGGAGCUCACUUUGGAGGCGUUACAAGAUGUCAAGGCGGCGAGCUUGAGCGACUGGAUUGCCAUGCCCGCUGUUCACAGGACAAUUGCCCGUGAAUUCAAGUCUUUUCUCACCGAAUUCAUCGACGAUAACGGCAUCUCUGUCUACGGAAACCGCAUUCGCACGCUAGGCGAGGUCAAUUCAGAGUCCCUCGAAGUCUCUUACGACCAUUUGACUAGCUCCAAAGCCGUUCUGGCUUGGAUGCUUGCGAAUGCGCCUACUGAGAUGCUCAAGAUUUUUGAUCAAGUUGCACUCGACACCACACUUCUUCACUAUCCGGAUUACGAGCGUAUCCACUCCGAAAUACAUGUCCGCAUCUCAGAAGUGCCUCUUCAGUACACCCUUCGCCAGUUGCGCCAGUCCCAUCUUAACUGCCUCGUGCGUGUUAGUGGCGUCGUGACUCGCCGUUCAGGCGUCUUCCCGCAGCUCAAAUAUGUCAAGUUCGACUGCACAAAAUGCGGAACCACACUAGGGCCUUAUCCCCAGGACUCAAAUGUGGAAGUCAAGAUCUCUUUCUGCCAGAACUGCCAGUCCAAGGGGCCUUUUACGCUUAACUCGGAGAAGACCGUUUACCGCAAUUAUCAAAAGAUUACGCUUCAAGAAUCGCCGGGCACAGUUCCUGCCGGCCGCCUGCCCCGCCAUAGGGAGGUUAUCCUAUUGUGGGACCUGAUCGACAGCUGCAAACCGGGCGAGGAGGUUGAAAUCACUGGCAUUUACCGCAACAACUACGACGCAAGCUUGAACAACAAAAACGGAUUCCCGGUGUUUGCAACCGUUCUGGAAGCUAACUACGUUGUCAAGGCCCAUGACGAACUUGCGGGCUUCAAAAUCACUGAGGAGGAUGAGCGAAUGAUCAAGCAGUUGAGCCGCGAUCCAAACAUUGUGGAUAAAAUCAUCGCCUCCAUUGCGCCUAGUAUCUAUGGACACACAGACAUCAAGACUGCUGUGGCCCUUAGUCUCUUCGGUGGUGUGAGCAAGGAGGCGCCGGGCAAGAUGAACAUCCGUGGUGACAUCAAUGUUCUGUUGCUCGGCGACCCAGGUACCGCUAAAUCUCAAGUGCUCAAAUAUAUCGAGAAGACUGCGCAUCGAGCUGUCUUUGCCACAGGUCAAGGCGCAUCCGCUGUCGGUCUAACUGCCAGCGUGCGUCGAGAUCCCAUGACAAGCGAGUGGACGCUCGAAGGCGGCGCGCUUGUGCUUGCGGACAAGGGCACUUGUCUCAUAGACGAGUUUGACAAGAUGAACGACCAAGACAGGACAUCCAUUCACGAGGCCAUGGAGCAGCAGACCAUCUCCAUCUCCAAAGCCGGCAUUGUGACGACGCUGCACGCGCGCUGCUCCAUUGUCGCAGCAGCCAACCCAAUCGGUGGCCGUUACAACUCCACCGUCCCAUUCUCACAGAACGUGGAUCUUACGGAGCCGAUUCUGUCUCGUUUCGACAUCCUGUGUGUCGUGCGCGACACGGUGGAUCCCACCGAGGAUGAGAGGCUUGCCAACUUCGUCGUUGAGUCCCAUGGUCGCGCCGCGGCGCUGGGCAAUGGCAGUCAGCCUCAAGAUGAAGAGGACUCGCAAAAAGCUGUGCAGGAGGGCGAGAUUCCGCAGGAGCUACUGCGCAAAUACAUCCUGUAUGCGCGAGAAAAAUGUCGACCAAAGCUGUACCAGAUCGAUCAGGACAAAGUCGCCCGUCUGUUCGCAGAUAUGAGGCGGGAAUCGCUGGCCACGGGUGCUUAUCCGAUCACCGUCCGUCAUCUCGAAGCUAUUAUUCGCAUCAGCGAGGCUUUCUGCAAAAUGCGACUUAGCGAGUACUGCUCAAGCACGGACAUUGACCGUGCCAUAGCAGUUGCUGUAGACUCUUUUGUCGGCAGCCAGAAGAUCAGUGCGAAGAAAGCCCUGGCCAGAGCGUUUGCGAAAUACACGCUCAACGCUCCCGGCCGGGUUCGGCGGCCUGUUGCUGGUAGCAGAACUGGCGCUGUUGCUGCGUAGUUAAGAGGUCCGUGGAUGAGAUAGAUUUGAUGAGGGAUGAGGCGAUGAAUGGGUUCAGUUCUUUUAUUGAUGAUACCGUAAUAUCACGUGAACAGAAGAAACACAAGCGUGGGUCUCAAAUAUGGGCUGGACUUAGGCGUUCAGGAAUUUGAUAAAUACAAAAACCGUAAUUUCUUCUUUUCUUUUUGGCAAUAAGAGC